CCAACACUCACUCACACAAGCUACAGAUGGAACAGACAAUAGUUAGCAACAUUCGUUACCCCGCAUCCGUAUCCGUAACCACCUACACACCAAAACGAGCGUCCUUUAGAUUCACAAACAAAAUAGUUGCAGUAAGUGUGCACUUAGAAAAACUAUACCAGCACCUUCAUAUAAUAAAGAGUGUGUGUAAAUAUUAAUUAAAAACAAAAACAAUUUCCCUGGCACUCUCGCGUACAUCACCCAAAACACACACAUCCCUGCAUGUGUAUGAGCGAAGGUACUUGAUGGUGUUUGUAUACGUACAAAUAUACAAUUGCCAGUAAAAGUAUGCGCUAGCUCGCUCGUCUUCGUCGUUUUUGUCGCACAUCAAAAGGAAAUACAACAAUAAUAAACAAAUAAAAUGAGAAAUAUGGAAACAACACUAGCGCCGCCAGAAGUAGUGCGAAAAAUGUUUGCAUGUGCGUGUAAGUGUUCAAGAUAAAUGCAUGAAAUUGCAUUGUACACUGGUUCCAAGGACAACGAACAGACAAACGUGGACUUGCGGUGGGGUAAAGGCAACAUUUCUCUAUGUCAGUGUCAGCAGCAAUCUGAACAAAGUCAUCACAAACGGUAUCCUUCACAUCCUCUCUCAUUCGCUCGUGCUGUGCACUAUACCACUAUACUCGUGCCAACGCCACCCCACACCAUUCAUUUGCAUCAUCGUUCGCAUCUCCAAGAAUAACAAUUGUACGGUGUAGCGGGAAGUGCAGUAGUACCCAAAAGAAGGACAUUCCAAAGUAUACCCGUGUGUCAAAAAAUGCCAUAACAACAGCCAACAAUAACAACAACAGAUGCAACAUCAAGCAAAAGGGGGCAAAUAAACUCAAAUACAAACAAUCCAAACCUAGAGGACAUCAUUCUUCUCUCAUCACACUUUUUCUUGGUAGCAGUGAAAAUGCAUUUGUAUUUAGCCUUUAUAUUUGGCAUUUCAAUACAAAUGUCUAAAUUCGUUGCAGCGCGCUUCUGUGAAGGCGGUCAUAUAUGUUCCUUACCUCGAGAAUGCUGUACUCAAGGCUGCUGUCCACCAUACCAAAGUGGACCACGUCAACUGCCACCGCCCUCGGAGCACGUGCUUAAUUUAUUUUUUAUUAGUCAUUGGUUCUUUUGGUGUGUUGUGGUAGCAAUUAUUUUAGCCAUCCUCUGUGCCUAUUCUCUGUGGAAAAAACGUCGCACACUUUGCGGCUGGGGCUUCAACGAACAUCAUGCCCAAUCUGAAGGAGACUCAGCUGGCUCAUGUUAUGCUCCUCCACAGUACAGCCGUUGCAAUUCAUUCCAUCAUCCGCCACCACCCUAUACAGAGGUGACCUCGAAGCCUGACCUCUACCCAUUGGUGUUCACUUGCAAUAGUGAUAAUGGGAAAAAUGGUUCCAGUUAUCUCAUGGUUCAAUAUUUCCGCAACUACAUAGUGCGCCCAGCUGGUUCGCUGUCGGCAGCAAGUACCGUAGACUCGCUAAGCUCUAGUUUUAUAUGCAACAUCAAUGAAGCAAAUACUCUGGUACCACCGCCGUAUUCAAGGGCAGCCAGCCCGGAAAUUGGUUUCAGUUCUCACUUUCAGCAGCAGUACAUGAUGCCGCGUUCAGCAUCGCAGCUCGUGUGUCAAAAUGUCAGCAAUUCGAAUUUCAUAGGCAGCGGCGGUAAUGGAGCUGGACUGGUAUCUAGUGGGAACGGUCAAUUCGAGCUAAGCAACAGCCCACAAAUGUAUAGCAGCCGUUCCUCGAACACACACUAUGCCACAGUGACGGUGAAUGCAACUGUGAAUCGCCUGAAUAGCAGUGCUACAGGUAGUGAUCGAGUCCGAGAAAGGGUAACCAACUUCAAUGGCAAUCAGCUUGAUUACGAAAGUACGCUCUCCUAUGAAGACGCGCCCGAAUCGGACGAACGCACAAACGAUAAUAUAAAUGCCAAUGUGAUAAAUUGUAGUAGUAGUAGUAACGACCUACGCACCUUACCCAAUAGCACCGGAUUUGUGCAGUCCCAAAGUGACCAACACUUCCGAUAUAUAACGAACAGCAACAGUAGCAUCAGUGAUAUUUUUGUAAACAAUAGUUGUGCAGCUGGAAUUGGUGGCGGUGGUUCAAACCGUCUACACAGGUCGGAGGAUUCGUCUAUUGUGGGCUCGAUUACCGGAGUUGGAGCCAGUGCGGCCGUGGUACAUCCUCAGGCUGGAGGAACACCAGUGAUUUACAGCAAUGGCUGCAUUAAGCCCAUCCCUUUGCACCGCGCCAGUACCAAUCCCACACAGUUUCAUGUAGACGCCUCCUCAAACCGGGAGGCGGUAUUGUACCAAUCGAAUAAUUCAAUAGGUGGUAUCUCAAUAACAGUUCCUACUGGAAUCGAAGAUUCGGCAAUUAUAUGUAAUGACAACGAAAUUAGAGACUUGCAGCUGUUGAGACGAAGUCUUGAAACCUGCUGCCAACUGCUGCAGCAACAGCAAAAAAUUCCCGCAGGUGGUUUUGCCCUGGGCGAAUCACCACUGCGGAUGAAUGAGCUAUCAAAGAAGUACAUAGAUGAGGGACUACUCCGCAGCUAUGUGACAUCGGGAACCUGUUCUGGCGUUAGCAGCCUGGCCAACAUUGGCACCCCAAGUUCACCGCCUCAAGCUACUAGCCCCACAGGCGAAGUAAAGGAAAUCCUUGACCAAAUCCGACAGCUGCAGGAAGGCGUUACCAAAUACGAAGAGGAUUUGGCUUUCCGUUCAGUUGGUCGACCCACUCUACAUCACACCCUGUCCUCGCCAGCCCCCACCGUGAAUCGAACUACACCACAUUUAGCUGAUUCAGGUGGAAAGCUUCAACGCAUCUCAACUAUGCCUGAACAACAGUCGCUUGCUGAAGCCGCCAAAGCCAAUAUUUUAGUAAAAUCAAUCGCAAGUAACUCACCCACAAACUCCAUGACUUCGGUGCCCUCUACAUCCUCUGUAUUGGUGGGCACUCAGCCCAACAAACUAACCAAUAGCAAGUCUUCGUUGAGUGGUGGCGGUAGUGGCAGCGGCUCGGCCAGUGCUAUUGGCGGCUUCAUAUUCUCGUCCUCAACGUCGAAGCGUCCCUCCACUCUGCAGCACAGUAAGAAACGUUUCUAUACAUCGAAACCACCCAACAAAGCUAUGUACAUUCCCAUGAUGGCCACCAACCAGGUGCCUACUAGCAGUCGCUGCACCAUGCUUAAGAGUCCUGUGACCAGUGUAGUAAAUUCCAAUUUCUUUACGAACCGUGGCAAUCGACAACGCAAAUGUUGGAUUUCCAGAUCGGCUCCGACCACACCUGCCACGCCCCUUCCUCCCAGCUAUAUGGAUGACGAUAGUCCUCUGCUGAAUGAACAAGACGAAGAUCAAGAGGGAGAGCAAAACGCAGAAAUGGAUUCUUAGUUUUCUGCAUCAAAUCCAUUAAGGAAUUUUAAAACAAGGUCCAAAUAGAUAAUGUCAGAUUAUAUCGAGUUACAGAAACAUAAUUUUUUUGCAGCCAUAUAGCUCUUGGAAAGUUAUGUGAAAUUUAGAAUGGUAUGAGCUUCAGUAUUGAUGACACAGUAAUCAGACUGCACUCCACAUUUGGGAUUAGAAUGGCAAGGUAUUGAGCAUAUGCAUACCCAUGAAAAUCGUAUUGAGAAGAAGAGAGAAAUGAAAAUGUAAAUUAUACAGUGAGGUCCAUCUGUUAUCCAUUUAGUCCCUUUUAUCAACGUACCCAUGGACUUUUCCCAAAUUACUGUUGAGAAUCCAUUUUUAAAGGGUGUCGCCAAAAAUUUUGUGCUGAGAGUAAAUUUUUAAUAUGCGUUUUACCUUGAGAGAAAUUGAACAACUAAAAAUGCUUGUAACUCCUUAGGUAGUUUUCGUAGGUCGGUCUAAGAUCGACCACAAAGAACUUGCUCAAGCGAUCAACAUGUGUUCCUUGUGAGUAGUGAGCCACGUAUACCUCUUCACAUCUGCAUCUUGUAUAAUCUUCUCUAGCAGGAUAUUAAAGACAUAACGCUUGUCUCUCUGUAUGAUAUCUCAUUUCGUAUUGAACUCUUCUACUAUUCAAUAGUCUUUCCUAUUCUAACUGACGAACGUGUAUCCGUAAGCGUUAUCGUAUUAAAUAGCCUUAAACGCAUAGCGUUUUGAGCAAAUUGAGCGCUGAGCUGGCUGUCCUCGGUAUUGCGUAUUCGUUACUAUAAACUCUACGUGAUAAAAACGACUGUAAAUAGGGGAGCAUUUGUGGCAACAACUAUCUACGGACGGUUAUUCUACCUAGAGGUGCAAAUAAGUUUGGAUACGAGCCAGGAGUGGAUGAAACUUGAUGCGGAUGCAAGCUUAGUGCGAAUGCGAGCUAGACGCGAAUUUAAGUGCGUUUCCCUCAAGAAACGUAGCAAAUGAGGGGAGAAGUCGCUCGGCUAGAAUGUUGUAGCACUCGGCCAACUCUUCGAAUCGCUGUAGGAAUCCUGAUAAGACCCCCUUGGUAUAUUCUGUAUCGCUUAUAGCGCUACGUUAAUUCUAUGCUUCGCAAUUCUUUCCACUUUUACUUCAUCUUCUAUGUCUCGUAGUGAGUUUUCGGGUGACGCUCACAUCCUUUUUGUUCGGAUAUGUUCGCUACGCUGUUUUCUUAGGUGAUCUCCAGUUAAACCUUCGGUGGCCAACCCUAAUUUUUGGCUCUGUUCAAGGAGUUGGUCGCGUUUGAGUAAGUAAAUCCAGCUGAGAGAUUCUGGGCCAAGAUUUGAGGCAGGUUCGGUGUUUCUGCAGUGCGUAUUAGCUUCGGGUCCCUGCUCGGGCGCCAUUUGUAACGUGGUAAGGUUUAGUCGCCUCCAAUUUCAUCCUAAGGACCCAUUAAUAUUAAGAGGUAACACAAGUUAAUUAGAAUCGAGGUCUGACGAUAAGGUGACUUUAUUGGUUUAAUUUAGUGAUGGGCACUAAAUACCACUAUUGAAAAAACCAAACUGUGUUUUUGUGAGUAUCAUCAAACAUGAACUAAUGAAAUAGUUUUAAAAUAGAGUCAGCCGAACGAAGCAACAGGAAGUUGUUUACCCUGUACGCGUACGACCGCAUUCCCGCGGGCAUAGGAAUUUAUGCGCGGAUGUGUAUGCUGCCCAUCUAUGGUUUAAUCCUAUGUUACAAUGUGCUUGCACUAUAUAUGUGUGUGUAUGACAAUGUGGCGAAGGGUGAGUAGGUUGUCGUCUUCGGCAAUGGAGAGGCCCUCGCAAGUUCAUGGCCCCCUUAUUGCUGCUUCUCUCCGAUGCAGUUGCCGAAGGCAGGCGAUAUAUUGUUGAUCGGUAAUUUUUGGUGGGCGUUGAUGCGGGCUCGGCGGGUGUAAUUUCGAUGUUGGGCCACAAGUUAUAGGCCUCUUAUUGAUGCUCUGUAGAUGACGAAAAUAUGGUAAGUGUCGACCUCUCCUUCUUAAGUCCUUUCUUAGAUCUGACGCAGUGUGAAUAUGGUAGAUUUACCACAUUUAAAGCCGCAUUGAUAGGGCCCAAAUAUCUCCUUGACUUUAGAUUUUAAUCUUUCACACAGUACACUCGAGAGUAUCAUAUAUGUAUACUUCCUAUCAGUGUGUCACCUCCGGUCUGUAAUAAUUCAGGUGGCAACCCAUCGAUUCCUCUUGCCUUAUUGGUAAUUACUACUAGUUGGACCAGAAGACAAACCAUUAUUAGGGAUUUCGCAGAAUUUUGGGACAGUGAGUUGUGUUAAGCCCUUUGAUAUCUCUCUGCAAUUUGGCCCAGAUCGGUCCAGUUUGAAUAUAGCUGACAUAUAGACCGAUCUCUCGAUUUAAGGUUUAGGGCCCAUAAAAGGCGCAUUUAUUGUCGGAUGUCGCCGAAAUUUGGGAAAGUGAGUUGUGUUAGGGCCUUCGACAUCCCCCUUCAUUUUUGCCCAGAUCGGUCCAGUUUGAAUAUAGCUGCUCUCUCGAUCGAACCCAUAAAAGGCGCAUUUAUAAUCCGAUUUCACUGAAAUUUGACUCAGUGACUUAUGUAAGGCUCUACGACAUCCGUGUCGUAUAUGGUUCAGAUCGAUCUAUAUUUGGAUAUAACUACCAAAAAGACCAAUAUUUAGCUCUACAAAAUUGAACAAUGACUUAUACUUAUUAGACCACACAAUGUUCGUGACGAAUUUGGUCCAAGUCAGACCAUAUAUCCUUUUAGCUGCUAUGGGGGCAUAAAUUAUGAUUUUUCGGCGGAUUAUGACGAAAGGUGGUUUACAUAUAUACCCAAGGUUCUGAGUAUCCAAAGUUCGGCCGGGCCGAACUUAACGCCUUUUUAUUUGUUUUUUUUUUAUUUCUUCUUAUACCCACCGUCAAUGGACAAGUUUGCAACAUCUACCAAUAUUCAACUCCAAUUAUAUGUAUUCUUGAUCGCCGUCUUAAUUGGACUAUAUCUUUAAAAAGCCCCCAUAUAUAUAGAUGUCCCGAUUUUACUUCUUAAGCCCCUAGAGGACGCAAUUCUUAUCCAAAAUUUCAGUCAAAUCAGACAAAAAAUUGCGGCUUCCAAGGGCUCAAGAAGUCAAAUCGGGAUAUCGGUUUAUAUGGGAGCUAUAUCAGGUUAUAGACCGAUUUGGACCGUACUAAGUACAUUUGUUCGAAGUCAUAGCAGAAUACUAUGUGCAAAAUUUCAGCCAAAUCAGACAAAAAUUGCGGCUUCCAGGGGCUCAAGAAGUCAAAUCGGGAGAUCGGUUUAUAUGUGAGCUAUAUCAAGUUAUAGACCGAUUUUACCGUACUUGGCACAGUUAUUGGAAGUCGUAACGGAACACCAUAUGCAAAAUUUCAGCCAGAUCGGACAAAAAUUGCGGCUUCCAGGGACUCAAGAAUUCAAAUCGGGAGAUCAGUUUAAAAGAGAGCUAUAUCUAAAUCUGAACCAAUGUGGCCCAUUUGCAAUCGCCAAUGACCUACAUCAAUAUUAAGUAUCUGUGCAAAAUUUCAAGAGGCUAGAUUUACGUAUUCGACCGCUACCGUGAUUUCAACAGACGGACGGACAUGGCGAGGCGUUCAAGAUUAUAUAUACUUCAUGGAGUCUUAGACGAAUAUUUCGAGGUGUUGCAAACGGAAUGACUAGAUUAGUAUAGCCCCAUCCUAUGGUGGUGGGCAUAAAAAUAUGUGUUUAAAGUGUUUUUUUAUGUUGUCGGAGCGGAGCGGUUUUUGAGAAAGGAAACCGCUCCGCUCUUGGUUUUAAAAAAUUACCUCCCGCUCGGGCAAAAUUAGGCCUGCUCCGCUCCUAAUAACUGGUCGAGUGGACCUUUUGCGCUUGCUGCUCGUGGUGGCUUAAUUUUACGUCCGUUAGACUUAAGAUAUUCUUCCUUCCUAUUUUAGAGUUUAGUUUGCUUGCAUGAUUUUAAUGCAUUGCGCGGGACACCAUUUAAAUGUUCAUAAAAUACAUCCUUGGUUUGUUCGUCCUUGUCUCCUGUCUGGGGAUGAGCCCAGAUAAGACUGAUAUAAAAGAAUUUGUCUAUAAUGCAGAUUGUGCCAAAUUCAUGUUUUGCCUAUGGUGCAGUCCGUCACCAUUCAAUGUUGUUGUUAUGCCUCUCCCAUUCCAUUGGACUUCCGGUAAAGCGGUAAUAUUGGCCUUGUACUCUUCCAUUACAUCCUCCUGCACCAUCUCGGUAAGGAGUUAACACAAUUUCAGAUGCAGAUCCUCAGUUCAUGGCCCUUAACUCGUUUGCGGGGUUCGUCAUACCUAUUUAAACAAACAAUUUUAACAGCAUUCCAGAAUAACGAGCUAUUGUGCAACAAAGAGAUUGUGCGAUCUGUACUUGAUAGCGUAGAACUUUAAGAAUUAACCCAUGCAUUGUAGUAUUUACUUAGAAUUUUUUUUAGUCUUAACUUUAUUUAAAAUAAUAAUUCUAUAUAUAUAGUUAUAUUGGUAAACAUAUUAGAUGAUGCUAAUGUAUGUGAUACAUAGAGAAAAAAAUAAUUUUUGUAAGUUGAGUACUAGCAUUCGUUUUGUGUUAACCUCGUUAGUUAAAUAGCUAUUACUAAAUAAAAAUUUGAUUGACAUUUCCAGAUAAACACAAAAGUUUGAGCAUUGCUUAAAUUCAACGAAGUUAGUUUCAAUUAUCGUGAAAUAAUAAAUAAUAAAAUUUGUAUAAUCAUGAAA